AAACAAGCAGUACACAGAGUGACAGACAUUGAUCCCUUCCGUUUGAAAUUCAAGGUUCAAGCGCCAAUGGGAACUUGUAAUAAAGCUACCCAAAAAACAUCCCGUGAGGAAAGAGCUCUCUUACUGAGUUUUGAGUUUGCAAACAGAGGAAGAUAACCCUUACUCCUUCUCUCUGUCUUCCCGCCAACAAGGGAUCCUCGUGAGGAAGAGCUCUUCUUGCUUCACGAGUUUCAUAUUCUUCUAUUUGGACACUCAGGGUGGGCUCCUACAAAUACCUGCUGAGAUUCUUGACCCCAGCCAUGCAUCCAUCUCCAAGCAUCUACUUGAUCUUGACCUACUUCCCAAAUGGAAGCUAAAGUUGUCACCUUUCUCCAUGUCCUCUUCUCUUGCUUACUCUGCCUUCAUGCAAAGCCUCUGCAAACCUACAUUGUCCAGCUCCACCCACAUCCACAUGGUUUCACACCAACAAGCUCUGCAUUUCCCUCCAAGUUUCACUGGCACCUUUCCUUCCUUGAGCAGUCCGUUUCAGCUGACGACUCUUCCACCCGCCUUCUCUAUUCCUACACAUCCGCCAUGGAAGGCUUCGCUGCUCAGCUCUCUGAUUCCGAGCUGGAGCUGCUGAAGAAGCUGCCUGGUGUCGUUGCCGUUAGGCCGGACACCAGGCUUCAGCUCCACACUACUUACUCCUACAAGUUCAUGGGCCUCACUCCUGCCAGAGAAGAUGCUUGGUACCAGUCUGGAUUCGGCCACGGCACCAUCAUUGGGGUUCUAGACACCGGAGUCUGGCCCGAGAGUCCGAGCUUCAAAGACAGGGGAAUGCCUCCCGUUCCCGGGAAAUGGAAAGGGAUUUGCCAACAAGGGCAAGACUUUGAUUCCUCAAACUGCAACAGGAAGCUCAUUGGAGCGAGAUUCUUCACUAAAGGUCACACGGUGGCUUCUCCUUCAUCGUCGCCUGCAAACACGAUUCAAGAAUACGCAUCGCCUAGAGAUUCCCACGGGCAUGGCACGCACACUUCUUCGACCGCUGGAGGUGCUUCGGUUCCUAGGGCUAGCGUGCUCGGGAAUGGUGGCGGUGUUGCUCGAGGGAUGGCUCCUGGGGCUCACAUUGCCGUCUACAAAGUUUGCUGGACAAAUGGCUGCUACAGCUCUGAUAUCCUGGCUGCCAUGGACACAGCUAUUAGAGAUGGAGUUGAUAUCCUGUCCCUCUCCAUAGGAGGAUUCCCGCUACCACUUUUUGCAGACAGCAUAGCAAUCGGUAGCUUUCGAGCAGUGGAGCAUGGGAUUUCAGUUGUAUGUGCAGCUGGAAACAGUGGUCCUCUCCAAUAUUCAGUUGCCAAUGAGGCUCCAUGGAUUGCAACCAUAGGAGCAAGCACACUGGACAGAGAGUUUCCAGCAAUUGUUCAACUCGGGAAUGGUGAAUACCUCUCUGGGGAAUCCAUGUUCCCGGGAAACGAGUUUCCAAGCACCACAAAGGAGUUUGAACUGGUUUACGCACCAGCAGGUGGCAAAAAGGGAAGUGAAUUCUGUUUUGCAGGUUCUCUCCCCAAGGUAAAGAUCCAGGGGAAGAUGGUGGUCUGCGACCGAGGUGUCAAUGGAAGGGCUGAAAAGGGUCAGGUGGUGAAGCAGUCGGGUGGUGCUGCAAUGAUCCUAGCGAACACAGCCAUCAAUAUGGAGGAGGAUUCUGUUGAUGUUCACGUCUUGCCUGCAACAUUGGUGGGCUUCACAGAAUCACUUCGUCUGAAAGCUUAUAUCAACUCCACAAGAAAUCCAAGAGCUCGCAUUGUGUUUAGUGGAACUGUGAUUGGGAAGUCCAGAGCACCAGCAGUGGCUCAGUUUUCGGCCAGGGGACCAAGCUUCACCAACCCCUCAGUGCUGAAACCAGAUGUAAUAGCACCUGGAGUCAACAUCAUUGCAGCUUGGCCUCAAAACCUGGGGCCUACAGGUCUUCCAGAAGAUUCCAGAAGGGUGAAUUUCACUGUCAUGUCAGGAACAUCCAUGGCGUGUCCCCAUGCCAGUGGAAUUGCAGCACUGAUAAGAUCAGCUCACCCAAAAUGGAGCCCUGCAGCUGUUAAAUCUGCAAUGCUGACCACCGCAGAUGUAACUGACCAUUCUGGGAAUCCCAUAAUGGAUGGCGAUAAACCGGCUGGAGUUUUCGCCAUGGGAGCUGGACAUGUGAACCCCCAGAGAGCCAUCUAUCCAGGGCUGAUAUAUGAUAUCAGGCCAGAAGAUUAUGUUACUCAUCUAUGCACACUUGGGUAUACAAGAUCAGAGAUCUUCACCAUCACACACAGGAACGCAAGUUGCAGCGAGCUGCUGAAGAUGAACAAAGGUUUCAGCCUCAAUUACCCCUCCAUUUCUGUAAUUUUCAGGCAGGGAACAAGGAGGAAGAUGAUGAUGAGGAAAAUAACAAACGUAGGCCGACCGAAUUCCAUAUACUCAGUGGAAGUGAAGGCUCCAGAGGGAGUGAAGGUCAGAGUAAAACCGACAAAGCUCCACUUCAAGCAAAGAAAUCAGGUUUUGAGCUAUAGGGUGUGGUUCAUAUCGAGGAAGAGAAUGACAAGGGAGAAGCUGAGCUUUGCAGAAGGCCACUUGACAUGGAUAAACUCUCAAAAUCACCUCACCAGGGUCAGAAGCCCUAUCUCAGUGACAUGGAAGAGGAAAUAACAGUGGCGUUUUACGGAAGGGACAACCAAGUAGCAUUUGUUCAACCUUAACUUCAUACUAUUGGAAUUGCACCUGAUGAGGAUUCCAUGCUCAUUCAGAUACAUCUUAGAUAUUCUACUUGGCUAAGAUAGAGUUAUCGUUUUUCAGCUUACUUCAACAAGUCAAGACUCUUGAUCUUGUCUUACCUACAACAUUAGUGUAAUGUUCAAUGAAGAUUCUUGCUCUUUUGCCUUUCUCAUACAGAAGAGAGUACCAUACUCCAUUUACCAGACAACAUUCUCAAAAAAAGAUCUCUAAUGCACGAAAGUAACAUGCUGUAGGUCAAAGCAGAAUCCCUCUGGAAAAAUCGGAUGCCAUUGGAAAAAUCAAAAUGGCAACCAUAG